AUGGCGUUCGUGAGGGAAAAGAAAGAUAUUGACCUUAACGACCCCGAGGUGCAGAAGGCGGCCACCAAGAUCCAGGCUGGCUUCCGGGGUCACAAGGCCAGGAAGGAGGUCAAGGAGACGGCCCACCCCUCCGAGCCCAACGCCGAGGAUGAGGAGAUCGCUGCCAUUGACCUCACUGACCCAGAGCUGGCUGACGCGGCGCUCAAGAUCCAGGCCGGCUUCAGGGGCGCCAAGGCAAGGAAGGAGAUCAUGAAGAAGGAAGAAGCUGACCUUAACCAAAAGCUGGGAAACCUGAACACGGAGGCGGAGGAGGAGCUGGACAUUGAUCUGACGGACCCUGAUCUGAACAAGGCAGCCACCAAGAUCCAGGCGACCUUCAGGGGCCAUAAACAGCGUGCUAACCCUUAAGUGUGACCAGUAUGACCGCCACCACCACCACCACGACCACCACUACCGCCAUCUGGACCACGGGAGAGAGAGAGAGAGAGAGAGAGAGAGAGAGAGAGAGAGAGAGAGAGAGAGAGAGAGAGAGAGAGAGAGAGAGAGUUAUAAUUCAGUAAUUACAUAGACAUUCACACAGAUCAACUUGAGUGUAUUGUGCACGCUAUAGUGAACUUUAGCAAGUUGGAGAGAGAGAGAGAGAGAGAGAGAGAGAGAGAGAGAGAGAGAGAGAGAGAGAGAGAGAGAGAGAGAGAGAGAGAGAGAGAGAGAGAGAGAGAGAGAGAGAGA